AUGGUUGCUUUUGUCUGCUCAUUCAAGAUGAUAAUGUGACAACAUUCACCUAUCUACUUAGUUAUCAGCAAAAACUAGCAACGCUUAAAAAUAAAGUUUGAGGAAGUGAAAUUGACGUGAUGUGCAAAAAUUACCUAUUGAUAAUUAUUUUCUUCUGGAGUUUUACAGAAGGUAUGGCAGCUGAAGUGAAGAAGCACAACUUGGUCUGGAGGCAAGCUGGAGAUAAUGUCACCCUGACUUGUAAAUACCAACUUAGAUCUGAUCCAAAUGGCUACUUGGACAUCGAGUGGACGGUCAAAAGUAAAAACUUUAAUGAAUCAGAUAAAUUGAUAAUAACACUUUCUGGGAGAAAGGUUUAUAUAUUCAUUUCGAAUCAGAAAAUCUCUUUUGCAUCUGGAAAUGGGAGCCAUGGAGAUGCUUCUCUGUAUAUUAAAUCACUUGUUGCUGCUGACAGUGGAAUCUAUUACUGCAAAGUGAAGACAGGGCAGCCACUUCAUCAAGAAUCUUGGAAUUUAACUGUCCAAGGUAAAGAGCAGAAGUCGGAAGAUGAAGACAUCACCGUAGCUCCAAAUAGCAACACAAUGUCUCUGAAGAACAGCACGAUGUCUGCAGUGAACAGCACGGACACCUCAGAUUUGUCAAGUGUCGAUGAUGCAUCCUCUUACAUGUGGAAGAUGAGAAUUUGCUUGGGUGUCACUGGAUUGGUCCUCUUCAUUGUAAUUUUAAUUAUAUGUUUGAAGCAGAAAGUGAAAACUAAAUUUCGAAACAGGACAGUGGUGAAUGAUUCAGUUCAGCCUAUGGAAUGCCAAAGCAACAUCAUAUACUCCACAGUAACGAGGACUGAUCAGGAUAUUACAUACUCCACAAUACAGGCAAUUAAUCAGAAUGCCGUCUACAUCACUCUGCUGGGACCCAAGGCGAUAGAGAAAUGCGAUCAACCUGUUAUUUGCAAUCCACGAUCUUGGUACUUGACACAGAGUGCUGAUUCAUUACAAGACUUUUAGAUCUCCAGUCUGAACACUCACAGAGUACCCAGUAAAAGUGUCAUUGCAGAAAACCGAAGUGAUGAACUGGCUGCAUAACUGAUGGAAGCAGACCCACGGCAAACACGAAAGCAGAAGAUACUGAGAGCGUGAUAGAAAGCUGUGAAUAGC